AGCUCAGCUUCAUUCGCUCUUCAAGAAGGGGUCUUAUGCCGAUCGAAGUACUCCAACAAACUUUACCAACGGUAAAAUAACUAACGAACUUUCGUGGAGUGAACGGUCCGUUGGUCCAUAUAGCGCUCCGACGUGCGGCUUGAAUCAGUCAUAUAGUUUAGUUACCGUUAAAAGUGUUUUUUCGCUGUUGUUUUGGUGUCUUCGCUAGGCUAAUGCCAGUCAGUGAGACCAACUGUAAUUUGGUUGAACUUCUUCUGAGAGCGAGCCCAGUCCCGGUGACAGCAGCAGAGCGAGCUGUGUGUCCCGCUGUUCCAACUCCUCUUCAAUCUAUCAUCAUGAGCUUGUCCAAGGAGUGAAAACGGAAUUGAAAAGGAAAGUGUUUUUUUUUUUUCAGUGCAAACGAAGAUAUCUUCCCAACCCAAGGUGUUUUAGUGGGUGAUAGCUGAAGGAGUCAUGGAGGCUUCACCGGACCUCAGCGAACAGACGGAUUAUUUUCCUGCUGUGAGAAACUGGGUCAUCUGUAGGUGUCCUACGGUGAAGACAUCACACAGCGACUCCCAUGUUCCAGCCCACUCAGACACCAGGCCUAUGGAGAUGCAAGACCUAGCCAGUCCUCAUAACAGUGUGGGGGGCGGAGACUCAUCAGGCUCCAAGCUGACAGGCUCCUCUGCCACUACCAACGGAACUGGAGGAGAGACCAUGACUAUUCUAAACACGGCUGAUUGGCUGCUGGGCUGCAGUAGCCCGCCCCCUGGCCACAGUGGAAAGGACUAUGUUAAAACAGAGCCUAUAAACAACAGUGAGGCAGCCACGACUACAGGAGACACAACACUGGACAGCUACGCAGGAUCAGUCAUCACCAGCAGUGGAUACAGCCCUCCAUCUGCACACCAAUACUCCCCACCCAUCUACCCCUCCAAGCCGUACCCCCACAUCCUAUCCACACCGGCAGCCCCGCCCAUGCCAGCGUACGCCGGCCAAUCCCAGUUCAGCAGCAUGCAGCCGUCGACCGUCUACACCGCAUACUCCCAGACUGGCCAGGCCUACGGACUGUCUACCUAUGACCUGGGUGUGAUGUUACCAGGUAUGAAGACAGAGGGGGGUCUCUCCCAAACCCCCCUACAGACCAGCCUCAGCUACACGCCCCAGCCUGGACAGACAGCCUACUCACCAUAUCAGAUGCCAGGGUCCAGUUUCACUUCCUCAUCUGGUCUGUACUCCAGCAACAACUCUGUGUCCAACCCAGCCAACUACACUGCUCCGCAGCAGGACUAUCCGUCGUACACAACGUUUGGCCAAAACCAGUACGCCCAGUAUUACUCCGCCUCCACCUACGGAACCUACAUGACGUCCAAUAGCAUGGACGGAACCGGCUCCUCGUCGGCCUAUCAGCUGCAAGACUCCAACCCCAUAAUGACGGUACAGGCCGCUGAGCUCCACCCAGGGGACUUUGACACAGUGCAGAGCCCCUCGACGCCCAUAAAGGAGCUGGAUGAUCACGGCUGUCGGAGUGGGGGAGGAGCUAAAGCCAGGGGGAGGGGCCGCAAGAACAACCCCUCUCCGCCCCCCGACAGUGACCUGGAGAGGGUGUUUGUCUGGGAUUUGGAUGAGACCAUCAUAGUGUUCCACUCUCUGCUGACAGGCUCCUACGCACAGAAAUACGGCAAGGACCCUCCCAUGGCAGUGACGCUGGGUCUGAGGAUGGAAGAGAUGAUCUUUAACCUGGCAGACACACACCUGUUCUUCAAUGACUUGGAGGUGGGUGUUCAGGAGUGUGAUCAGGUCCAUAUUGAUGAUGUGUCGUCUGAUGAUAACGGACAGGACCUAAGUACUUACAGUUUUGCAACUGAUGGCUUCCAUGCAGCGGCGACCAGCGCGAGUCUGUGCCUGGCGACGGGUGUCCGCGGGGGGGUGGACUGGAUGAGGAAACUAGCCUUCCGCUACCGAAGAGUCAAAGAGAUGUAUAGCACAUACAAAAACAAUGUGGGGGGCCUGUUGGGCCCUGCUAAGAGGGAUGCGUGGUUACAGCUGAGAGCUGAAGUGGAGGCUUUAACUGACUCCUGGCUCACCAACGCACUCAAGUCCCUGUCAAUCAUCAGCUCCAGGAGUAACUGUGUGAAUGUGCUGGUAACAACAACCCAGCUGAUACCAGCGGUGGCUAAAGUUCUGUUGUAUAGUUUAGGAUCUGCCUUCCCUAUUGAGAACAUUUACAGUGCAACCAAAAUAGGCAAAGAGAGCUGUUUUGAGAGAAUAGUGUCCCGCUUCGGCACUAACAUGACCUAUGUUGUGGUUGGUGACGGGCGAGACGAGGAACACGCGGCCAGCCAGCACAACAUGCCGUUCUGGAGGAUAUCCAGUCACUCUGACCUGCUGGCGUUACACCAAGCACUGGAGUUUGAAUACCUGUAACUGUUACUGUUACUGUAACUGUUACCGUAGCAACGGACUGUUACUGUAACUGUUACCGUAGCAAGAGACUGUUACUGUAACUGUUACUACAGCAACGGACUGUUACUGUAACUGUUACCGUAGCAACAGACUGUUACUGUAAAUGUUCUGUAACUAUAGCAACAGACUGUAAUUGUAGCAACGGACUGUUUCUCUAACUGUUCUGUAACUAUAGCAACAGACGGAACACACCAGUACUACUACUACUACUACUACCACCUGUAAUGGUUACCAUGGCGAUGGCGACAGGAGACAGACCGUAGUCCCCUCCCCCCAGGCCUUCUUGUUUUUGUAUAUCUAUUUAAGAAAACAACCACAGUACUGCAACAUGUUUUUGGUUUUGUCGUCAUUUCUUUGUGUGUCUUAAAAAAAAAAUACAUCUGGAUUUGAGUACUCUGAACUGUCUUAAGACAACUAGGACUGAGAGAGGAGAGGAGAGGAGAGGAGAGGAGAGGAGAGGAGAGGAGAGGAAGCACAGGACCUGACCUCGAACACUCAUCACUCCUGCUGGACGAGCCCCAACCUCUGUGCUGAAAUAACAUCCCUGGAUGCGUUCCAAAUGGCACCCUAUUCCCUAUAUAGUGCACUACUUUUGACCAGGUCCCAUGGGGCACCCAUAGGGUUCUAGUCAACAGUAAUGCUUCAGCUGUAACCUGCUAUCUACAGACUCUCAAUAUGAAGACGCUCUAGUCUGUCAGAACCACUCACUCGUGUAAAUUAUUUCACAGCAAAUACUUUUAAAGUGGCAGAGGUGGAUAACGUGUUUUUGAAUGAAAAAGAAGCUUAAUUUUGGAGGGGUUUUUUGGUUGUCUUUUGUUUUUUUGUAAGGUUUUAUUUCUUGGGACAAGGAGAAUGUGCGUCAUGAUGUGUCGUGUCUUUAUAAACAUGUUUGUGUUUACGUUGUCACUUUUUGUUUAUUUGGGAAUGUCUAAAUAAGUAGAUAAAAAUAACUACA